AAUAAAGUCCUCAUUCUCAACGGAAAGAUUUGACUUCAGUUAAUAAUAUCAACUUGUUAGAUAAUUGUUACGUGAGAAUUGUAAUUUUAAAAAUUCUUUGAUAUAAAAAACUUAAUUAUCAUAUAAUUAUAGAUUACAAACUCUUUUAAUCGUUUUCUUAAGCGCAUGGGUGUAAUUUGUCUGCGAAACUUAGUAAGGAGUAAAGAAAUACUUUUACGCAGUAUGAGUAUCGACAUUGGAGGCAUGAGAAUUAAAUAUAAAGAUAAGGAUGAUACGUUCUUGGAAAAACAUUUAGUGGCUAAAGAACCAUUUGGACAAUUUAAAGCAUGGUUUGAGGAAGCAUGUAGUAGGAAAGAAAUUUUGGAACCCAAUGCUAUGUGCUUGGCGACUGUAUCGAAAGAUGGAUAUCCAUCAGCAAGGUUUGUGUUAUGCAAAGGGUAUGGUAAAGACGGAUUUAAGUUUUUCACAAAUUAUGGCAGCAGAAAAGCUAAAGAGAUGAGUGAGAAUCCAAAUGUAGCUGCUACUUUUUACUGGGAGGUCUUGAACAGAUCUGUACGAAUUGAAGGUUAUGUAGAAAAACUUUCCGAAGAGGAAUCUACUAAAUAUUUUCAUUCACGACCAGUACCGAGUCAAAUUGCAGCUUGUGCGAGUUACCAAAGCACACCAAUUGAAUCCAGGGAUAUUCUAUGUGAAAGAGAAAAAAAAUUAGAGGCGGAGUAUAUGAUACCAGAGAAAGAAAUACCUAAGCCGAGUUAUUGGGGUGGUUACAUAAUCCGGCCAAGAGCUGUAGAGUUUUGGCAAGGCCAGCGGGAUCGUCUGCAUGAUAGAAUAAAAUUUAGAAAAUCUACAGAAGGGGAAGUAGUUGAUGGGAAACUGCUUCAUCAAGGAGAAGAUGGUUGGGUCUAUCAGAGAUUAUCACCAUAAAUUAUAUUUGAAAAGGAGGUAAAUAUGGUAAGAAAACAUAGUACAAUGUCUUCCAUUUAGUACAACAAAUGCAUUAAUUUAAUUAAUUUUACAUAAUAGAAACAAA